UUUAGACCAAAGACGUCACAAACUACUCGUUACUGUAUUGUUUAUUUAAAUUGGUAUCGCUUCCGCGGAGUCCGCCUACAAAAACGCCGGUUGCCACCGUGAGCUCACUGCCCUCCCUGCCCACUCCAACAUGAUGACAGACGGGGAAAUCCUAAACAAGCUAGAGGAGUCCACGAAGAACGCUAAUCAUCACCAGCUAGAAACUCUUCACUCAAUCCUUCAACACCAAAGCCCUGUACUUUAUCUCCAAUCCCACCUCUCACUUUCGGCUUCCAAUCAUACAUCCAUCGACGCCGCAACUUUCAAGUGUGCUGUGCCGUUAUCUUCCUACGAUGACUACGCUUAUCACAUCAAUCAAUUGGCCAGUGGCUCCCUUGAUCACGAUCACGAUCACGACAAUCAGCCUCUCCUCUCCGUUGACCCGUUGGUUUGCUUCUUUUACAGUUCUGGGACAAGUUCUAUGAAGCCGAAAUUGAUUCCAUAUUUUGACUCAGCUCUCUCGAAAGCUGCUUCACACUUAGCUCACCAAGGCAGUGCUGCUGUUCUUCGAAGGUUGUUUCCCCUCAAGCAGGAUGUUAAUAAGAUCCUAUGUUUUAUUUACGCGGACAAUAUAACAACAACGAAAGGUGGAUUUAAGGUUAUGGCCGCCUCUACUUUUCCUCUGUAUAGAAGUAGAAAUGAGAGCUGGUCUCGAUUUAGCUAUCUCUCUAGUCCCCGGGAAGUCAUUCUUGGAUCAAAUGUGGAGCACCAAAUGUAUUGCCACCUUCUUUGUGGUCUUAGGAACUCUGAAAUUAUUGAUGGAAUUAUAAAUCCGUAUGCCGUAGGCUUGAUUAGAGCAUUUAGUUUUUUAGAAUCUAAAUGGGAGCAGUUAUGUGAUGAUCUCAGAAAUGGGUAUCCGUAUUUGGAUAUUUGUGACAAUUCAAUGAGAGAUUCUGUUACUGAGGUUCUUGGUGGGCCACGACCAGAUUUGUCAGAAAGGAUUCGAUCAAUUUGUCGGGAAAGUAACUGGAGCGGGAUUGUGAGUAAAUUAUGGCCUAAUGUUCGUUACAUUAGGUGUGUUACAACUGGAAGUAUGAGGCAAUAUUGUUCAAAAGUUAAGUAUUAUGCAGGAGAGGUUCCUGUUUUGGGAGGAGAUUAUUUUGCUUCAGAAUGUUGUGUGGGUAUUAAUUUGGAUAUUGUGCAACCUCCAGAGACAACACGAUUUGUUAUGCUUCCAACUGCAGCCUAUUUUGAGUUUCUUCCAUUUGAUUUGGAGAAGAGUGAGAUUGUAAGUGAAGAAACUGUUGAUUUUUCUGGAGUUGAGGUCGGGAAGAUGUAUGAAGUGGUUGUGACUACUUAUAGAGGAUUUUAUAGGUACCGUUUAGGUGAUAUUGUGAAAGUUGUUGGUUUCUAUAAUUCUUCUCCAGAAGUGGAGUUUGUGAUGAGAGCUCCAAAAAGUUCUUUUGACAUAAUAACUGAGAGAGACUUGAUGUCUGCCAUGGAAAGUUUUCAAAAGGUGCUAAGAAAUGUUAUGGCUGCUGAGAUUGUGGAGUUUGCAAGUUUCAUUAACUUGGAGUUGAGCCCAAAGAAGCUAAUAAUUUUUCUGGAAAUUAGAGAGGGUUGCAUUUUUCUUCAGGAGGAGAAGUUACCAGAGGCAGUUGUACUUCUAAGGAGGUGUUGUUCCUCACUUGAGGAUGAGUUGGGAAGCAUAUAUAAAGUGCAAAGGGAUAAAGGUGCAGUAAGCCCUCUAUCGAUAUCCAUUUUGAAACCCAGUAGCUUUGAAAGGUUGUUUCAAGUAGCCAUUGAGAAUGGAGCACCAGCUAGUCAAUAUAAACCACCUAAGAUCAUAAGAAACUGUGAAAUUGUUCAAUUUCUGGAAGGAUGUUCUCUUCUGACUCUGUGUUUGGAUGAUUUAGAUUGUUAAUGGGUUGGGUGGCAUGAUCAAGCAUGUGUUGCUUCCGCGGAUAAAAGUAGCCUCCCUAGCUGAUCAAUGGAAUUGAUAUAUUUUCCAGCUCUAAUAAUGCUAUCAACUUACCGGAUGGUUUCUGAUUAUAGUGCACUACAGAGUGAAUAACUGAAGUUUGGUUAAUGUGCAAGAGUCUUCUAUAUGUCUUCUGUAUGCUUUGAAAUUUAUAAUCUUGCCAGUUUUAGAACUCUAAUCGAGUUUCCAGAUUAUCUAUGUGCAACCAGCAUCAAUUGUUAAUCAAUGCAAUUGGGAAUCAUAUGAAAUUUCCGAUUGUGUAUGUUAUGUAAAACAAACACACCUGUAUGAAUGUUUUCUGCCGUUCAGUCUAGGCUUGUUAGUAUUUCUACUUCAU